UACUAGUCAUAAGCUAAUGGAUCCUGCCAUUUUUCAUAUCUGACAUUUCUAUGUCCUAUGACGGUUUCACAGGUAGCUGGGCUCUCCUCCAUUAUUUCCCUCUGUAUGGUGUUGGCUGCAUUUUUCUCUGAUUUUACUUCUUCAUCAAUGAUCACAUCUCCAUCUACUCUCCAUUUUCCAGGAAUUCGUUGAAAUUUUUCAUCAACUAAUAGGACCCUGAGCCUUUGUGUUAUUGUUUUAGACUUACAAAUUUUUAUUCACUUAAUUCAAUUUUAGUGGAAUUUUAGAAGAAAUAGGAGAUAAAAUCUAUGUUUGCUAUGUUGUAUUCGAUGGUAAAUUUCUGAACACCUCAUUUUAAAAUUAGUUUUUUUUCUUUUAUGUCAUUACCUUGAAUUAUUUUAACAGUUAUUUCUGUUUCUUAAAUAUAUAUUUUUUAGUUCAGAAGUCCUCUGCAUAAUUCAUGUUUUACCUCAGUUUAAUGUUAAUAUUAUAAAGCAUACAGGAAAGCAAAUAGCUUUCAGAAUUUUUAAGGUAUUAUCUAGACAAUACAAUGCAUUUAGAGAGGAGGAUAAAAGACAUAGGGCCCCUUUCUGUAACUUUCAUAAUAAAAUCCCUUCUUUUUCUUGUUCUGUUUCCCAAAUAGCUACCCUACUUUGGAGAAGAUGCUGGAAAUUCAGAGUUUCUGCCAGGGAAUAUAUGCCUGAACUAAAAGAGGAAGUGGCCUAUAGGAGAAAAUGGUGAGAUAUCUUCUGUGGUAUUAAUAAAAGUUAAAAGCAUUUCAAGUUUAGGCAGAAAACUAACUGAAAAACGAGAACCUACUGUAUGGUUAGUAAUUUCUUCCAUGUCAUACAAAUAUUCGAGAAAUCUGCUACCUUGAUUAGUAAGACUGAACACAUUGGUUUUGUCAUUUAUUCAUGGAGGAAGUCCACCACCCACUUGGGGAGCAGAAGGAAAUUUGCCAUCUCAAUUUACUUAACUUACGAAGUUUCUUUGCAGAAAUAUGAUUGCCCCUUCAGUGGGACAUCAUUUGUGGUCUUCUCUCUCUUUUUGGUCUGUGCAAUGGCUGGAGAUGUAGUCUACGCUGACAUCAAAACUGUUCGGACUUUCCUGUUAGAACUCCCAUUUCCACUUCAGAGAUCUGUUUCUUUCAACUUUUCUACUGUCCAUAAAUCAUGUCCUGCCAAAGACUGGAAGGGGCAUAAGGGAAAAUGUUACUGGAUUGCUGAAAAGAAAUCUUGGAACAAAAGUCAAAAUGACUGUGCCAUAAACAAUUCAUAUCUCAUGGUGAUUCAAGACAUUACUGCUAUGGUGAGAUUUAACGUUUAGAGGUGACAGCAUCCCCCACGCUGGCAGUGAAUUUUUUGUGCUACAAACUUGGCAAAA